ACGUAACUCAAUACUAAUAUUAAUUAUCUUUAAUAAUAAUGUAGGUGCGUUGACAAUAAAUAUUUUUAAUAAAAAUCAUGUCUACAACAUCUUCAAAUCGCCGAAAUGGAGCACAAAAAAUACGUUUAACAAUUUUGUGUGCACGGAAUUUGGCGAGAAAGGAUUUAUUUCGCCUCCCAGAUCCUUUUGCUAAGAUUUCUGUUGAUGGAAGUGGUCAGUGUCAUUCGACGGAUACAGUGCGUGCUACAUUAGAUCCGAAAUGGAAUUGUCAUUAUGAUUUAUUUUUGGGACGUGGGGAUAAUAUUACGAUAAGUAUAUGGAAUCAUCGAAAAAUUCAUAAAAAGCAAGGUGGUGGUGGAUUCCUUGGAUGUGUUCGAAUUCUUGCACACACAAUACAAAGACUGAAAGAUACCGGUUACCAACGAUUGGAUUUGUGUAAAGCGUCCAUUGAAGAUCCUGAGCCUGUUAAAGGACAAAUCAUAAUAUCAUUACUUUCACGAGAUGGGCCUUGUGGUAAUACCCAAUUAGCUGUCGUAGGUCCAUUAGGGGAAUUACGUGGCCCUCCUGAAAUCAGCAAUGAAUUACCACCCGGUUGGGAAGAACGUCGAACCAGUAACGGUCGUUUAUAUUACGUCAACCAUAUCACAAAAUCAACGCAAUGGAUACGACCUGUAUUAAAUAAUUUACGUGUCGGUCGUGAACGUUCCUGUAUCGAACUAACACGAACCAAUCGUAAUACCGAUAGUGAUCAUCAUCGUGGCAGUGAUACUGAAAGACAAGUCAAUGGCAAUGAUCAUUCCAGAACUAGUGAAAAUUCCGUAAUAUCUAGAACCGAUAAUAAUGUUAGAUUAAGUAGUAAUAUAGAACAAUACAAUCGGGUAUUGCAAAUUGGUAGCAACGAAUCGAAUGAGGUAUCAUCGAAAACAGAACCAACAGUAGUGAAUAAAAUUAACACAGAACAUUCACAAGAAAGUUCUGGACAAAAUCAUCCACGAAAUAAUGUAAUUGUGUGUUCACCAAUAAAUCAAAUUCAAAAUUGUGAUAAUAAUGCUUUAGUUUUAAGUUCGUCAACGCAAAAACAAACUCCAGUUAAUAAUAAAAAUGUGCAUUUAACAAAUGGUAAUACGUCACAAGAUGUAUCACGUAAUCGAAUAAGUACUGAUCUAGAUGUCGCCACCGAUGUCGUUUUAGAUACUGAACGCACACCAAGAAAUUCAAUAAAUUCGCCUGGUACUAGUACAACUCCAAAUGAAAGUGUCCAAACACCUACCACAGGACCAAUUUCAUCUCCAAACACACCAUGUCCAAUGAGCCCAGAAGUGAAUUCGCCAGCAACUCCAGCCAGCUCACGAGAACAACGGCGACGUAGUAAUGAUGGUGAUAAUCGUGCGACAGGUGGUGGAAUAAGACGUGCUCGACCACAGAGAGUACGUUCUGGCGGUGCUGUAGCUGGUUUAGUUAAUAGUCCGGGAAGUCACAAUUUACACGUGCUCACGCCAACAAAUCCUGUUGGAGGACCACAUAUAGCAAAAUUAGAUUUACCACCCGGAUAUGAAUUGCGUACUACUCAACAAGGACAAGUUUACUUUCAUCAUAUACCGACAGGUGUUUCUACAUGGCAUGAUCCAAGAAUACCACGAGAUUUAGCACCAAAAGGAUUGGCCCUUGAUCAAUUAGGUCCUUUACCACCUGGGUGGGAAAUGCGCCAAACUGCAUCAGGUCGUGUUUAUUUUGUUGAUCAUAAUAAUCGAACCACACAAUUUACUGAUCCCAGAUUGAAUGGACGUAUUUUAUCGAAUUUGAUUAAACAGAAUCGCCCACAAAAUAAUACCCAAAAUGCUGCUUCUAGUGGACCAUCAAGUAACAAUUUUACACCUACCCCUGGUACCUCUCGUACUGAAUCUACGAAUAACAAUCAAAUUGAGAAUGCUGCUAAUGGAACAACUGAUUUACCACAAGAUGCUGAAUUAUUACCCAAAUAUCGUCGCGAUUUAGUCGGAAAAAUACGUGCAUUAAGAGCUGAAUUAACAGCUUUACAACCACAAAGUGGACACUGUCGGCUAGAAGUUUCACGAACGGAAAUAUUUGAGGAAUCAUAUCGACUUAUUAUGAAAAUGAGACCGAAGGAUAUGCGCAAACGGUUAAUGGUUAAAUUUCGUGGUGAAGAAGGCCUUGACUAUGGUGGUGUUGCUCGUGAAUGGUUGCAUUUAUUGUCCCGGGAAAUGUUAAACCCACAGUAUGGAUUGUUUCAAUAUAGUAGAGAUGAUCAUUAUACGUUGCAAAUCAAUGCCGAUUCUGGAGUUAAUCCUGAACAUUUAUCGUAUUUUCAUUUUGUUGGACGAAUUUUGGGAAUGGCUGUAUUUCAUGGACAUCAUUUAGACGGAGGUUUUACGACACCUUUUUAUAAGCAAUUAUUAAAUAAACCUAUUACACUUGGUGAUAUUGAAGGUGUUGAUCCGGAGCUUCAUAGAAGUCUCACUUGGAUGUUGGAAAACAACAUCGAAGGUGUUAUUGACACGACAUUUAGCGUGGAGUGUUGUAGUUUUGGUGCAGUAAUAACACAUGAGCUACGCCCUGGCGGUGCAGCUAUUCCUGUUACAGAACAGAACAAAAAGGAUUAUGUGAGGCUAUACGUAAAUUAUCGUUUUAUGCGUGGUAUCGAGCAACAAUUUUUAGCAUUACAAAAAGGUUUUAGUGAACUUAUUCCAAGUGCUCUACUAAGACCAUUCGACGAACGUGAGUUGGAGCUUGUGAUAGGUGGUAUUAGUAGUAUUGAUGUCGCUGAUUGGAGACAACAUACUCGAUUAAAACAUUGUACUCCAGAUACACAAGUUGUACAAUGGUUUUGGCAGGCUGUGGAAUCAUAUUCAGAAGAAAUGCGAGCACGUUUAUUACAGUUUGUAACUGGUUCAUCGCGUGUUCCUUUACAAGGUUUUCGUGCUUUACAAGGGUCAACGGGUGCGGCAGGUCCACGACUUUUUACUAUACAUUGUGUUGAUGUUCCUCCAGAUAAUUUACCUAAAGCACAUACAUGUUUUAAUCGUAUCGAUAUUCCACCGUACGAUAGUUAUCAAAAACUUCUUGAUAAACUAACGCAAGCUGUUGAAGAGACAUGUGGUUUUGCUGUUGAAUAGAUUUCAGCUACGAAUAAUUAUAAUUUUAUUAUACAUCACAUCUUGUAAGUAAUAAUAUUUAUUACGAAUUUAAGGAUAAGAAAGGUUCACGAAGGAUCACAAAUAUACGUAUAUUUAGGUGUUUAAAUUCCUGAAAAGCCUUUGCGUUGAUUUCGACUUUUAAAUCUUAUCUAUUUUCACAGCAUAUAAAUUGGUGUGAAAAGUACCAUGUUUAUAUAGUUAUACCACUUUUCCACCUGGGGAAGUUUUUUAAUCAUAUUGACACAAUUCACUAGCAUAUCCUAUAUAUUUAUAUUGAA